CUCUAUAAGGAGCACGAGAGAUGUACGGUCACAUCUGCACGUGGUCACUGAUUCCCCCACUUACAUCUAAAAAAAACUGCAGCUGCGACUUUUGUGCUGUGCCGUUAAUCCCCAACCUCUCUUCCCUCCACCGGCCACCACCCAGCUGUGUCUAAGCUGUCUUCCUCUUCUUCCCUUGUCAUGUGAUUCUUUUCAUUCUUUUCUUUUUUUCGUUCGAACGAGAAAUAGCUCAGAAAGUUAGAGCGGAGAGAGACAGGUAGAGAGAGAAAGAUUAUCUCGUCGUUAUGGCGCAGCUUCCGCCCAAGAUCCCAUGCAGCAUGAUGACGUGUUCCCUCAACUGGCCCGCCGCCGCCGCUACGACUACUAGUGCGGCCACCCUGCAGCCCUCGUGGGUCGAUGAGUUCCUCGACUUCUCCGCCGCGAAGCGCGGGGCCCACCGCCGCUCCGUCAGCGACUCCGGCCCAUUCCUCGAGGCCGGCCCCGCGGCGCCGGCCGCCGAAUUCGACCGCCUCGACGACGACCAGCUCAUGUCCAUGUUCUCCGACGACGCCGGGGCCCCGCCGCCGCCGAUGCCGAUGCCAAUGCCGAUGCCGCAGCCGCCUCCGUCGGCGUCGUCAGCACCGUCGACGCCGUCGGACCACAACAGCGUCAGCGACGACAAGGCGGCGGCCGGCGCGGCCGAGUGCGAAGAGGCGCAGAGCCAGUGCGAGGCGAGCAGGGACACCAGGAGAGUCAAAAGGAUUUUAGCUAAUAGGCAAUCGGCGCAGAGGUCGCGAGUGAGGAAGCUCCAAUACAUUGCGGAGCUCGAACGUAGCGUGACUACGUUACAGACUGAGGUAUCUGCAUUGUCGCCCCGAGUGGCGUUCCUCGAUCACCAGCGGUCGAUCCUCAGCGUCGGUAACAGCCAUCUCAAGCAGCGGAUCGCGGCCCUGGCACAGGACAAAAUAUUCAAGGAUGCCCACCAAGAGGCAUUGAAGAAGGAGAUUGAGAGAUUGAGACAAGUAUAUCACCAACAAAAUCUAAAGAAGAUGAGCACUCCCACAUCUGAGCCUGUUGUAUGCACAGAGAACGGGCUCCUCAGCUAACAUAUGUAUAUGCAUUGGUGGGCAUAUAUACAUUACAUUACUACUUUGUAGCUAGAGAAUUAAUAAGGUGGUGUUCUUGGUUAAUUACAUAUUUAUUGGUAAUCAAUUACCUGGUGGUGGUGGUGGCUGUAUUUUUUGUUGUGUAUUAAAUAUUCUUUGUGCAGCUUUAAUUUAUUUUUCUUAUUUAAGAUACAAAAAAAAAAAGAAAAAAGAAAAUCAUUGUGAUAGUAUCCAGUGGUGUUUUCAAUUUUCUCUCCCAUGUUUUC